GCAUCGAGAAGAGUCGGCUGUCAAAGCAAAGUAGCCUCGCGUUUUUCUCCCGUGCUCGUGGUGUAACAAGACGACAAGCAAAUUCUUCCCACGAUGGCCUCGAUUCUGCGGUCCAGUAAGUUUGUGCGCUAUUUCGCCGGGUUCGCGCGGAACAUUGUGUUCAACACGGUCCGCGAGACCGAGGGCAGUCUGCUGCAGCAGUCGCAAUGUCUGUGCGGCAACUCCAUCAGUGGGUUUGCGACGGCGGCUGCCGGCAACAGCAGUCAAGGGUUGGACCGGUCCCUGAAGCGGCUGGACGAGGAUGUGCGCCGUUCGGGGCGAAUUUCGAGGCGUGACCUGGAGGAGGUGCUGGAGGAGAUCCGGGUGAACCGGUCGGCGACCAGCGCCCAGUCGCUGCUGGUGAUCCGGUGCUGUGGCAACCUCGUGCCGGAGGAACUGCCCGAGGUGCGCACCGCGCUCGUCCAGGAGAUCUGGAAAACGCUGGACAGCCUUAACGUCGCGAUGGACAUUUCGCACUACAACGCCCUGCUGCGCGUCUAUCUGGACAACGAGCACGCCUUCUCGCCGACGGAGUUCCUCGCGGAUCUCAAGUCCAAGGGGGUGGAACCGAACCGGGUGACGUACCAGCGGUUGAUAUCGCGCUACUGCCAGGAGGGUGACAUCGAGGGCGCGACGAAGAUCUUGGAGUACAUGCGCGAGAAGCAGCUGCCGGUGAACGAGUACGUGUUCAACGCGCUCAUUAUGGGCCACUCGCAGGCGGACGAUUUGGAGUCGGCGACGGGGAUUUUGGCGGUGAUGGCGCAGGCCGGGUUGCAACCGUCGGCGGACACUUAUACGACGCUGCUGAGCGGGUAUGGACGGAAGGGGGACAUUGAGUACAUUACCAAGACGCUGGAGAGUUGCGAGCAGAAGGAGGUUUAUCUGCUGGAUAAGGACUUGUUGGAGAUUAUUUACUCGCUGGCGGUUAAUGGGAAUGCGGACAAGGUUGAUCCGUUGAUUGGGAAGAUUCGGAAGCAGGCUGGUUACAAUCAGGAUGCGGUCAAUGUGAUUCUGCGCUUGAUCAACCGUGGUCAGGAGGAGGUCGCGAUGAAGCUGCUGGAGACGAUGCCGCGAGCGACGAGGAAUGACGGAGAGCUGGCGAAUACGGGCGGAUUUUUGGUGAAGCAGCUGGUGAAGGCUAGACGGCCGGCCGAGAAAGUGAUGGAAAUUUGCGAAAAGUUGCAGUCUUCGGGGAUGAACCAUCAUGCUUACUUGUUGGCGCUGGAGACGGCGUUGAAGAAUGGGAUUACAGAGUUGGCGUACCCCCUGCUGAAGGCGUUGAACGGGCAAAAUCAACCUGUGCGUCAGCACUACUUCUGGCCGUUGAUUUGCGCGGCGGAGCAGCGUCCCGAGGGAGUACUUAAGGUGCUGCGGACGAUGGCGGAUGAGUUUGACAUGCUGCCGAGCGGGGAAACCGUCCGCGAGUACGUUAUUCCGAAUCUUGGCGUGAAGAACCACGACGAGGUGAUUCACCUGCUGCGCAGUGUCGGCAUUUCACCGGCUGUGGCCAGCUCGGGCUGUGUUUAUGGGGCUUUGGAGAACAACAACAUCAAAGAAGCCGCGAACAUUGCCGCCCGGUACAAGGCGUUCUACUCGCCGGGAGUUUACCGCAAGCCGUUGGUUUCGGCGCUGGUUGCGACGCGGGACUUUGAGUCGUACAUUCGCUUCACGCGCUACCUGCACGACAACCUGCUGCGAGUUGGCUCGAAGGAGGAACAAAACGACCAGGUUGGCGAGCAGGAACAGGGCAGUUCGCCGAACUUCCAGGCCGAGGUGCUCGGUUCAAUGAUCUACGAUGCGCUGGUUUCGUUCAAGAACAAACGCGUAGAAGCGCUGCAGACUAUUUUGACUGGAUUCGUGAAUCAGGGGCUGACCAUAAGUAGCGUCCAGGCAGAACGCAUCCAGGAACGGCUGGGUGAACAACUGACGACGGAAAUUUCCGCCAUGCUGAGCCAACUGGCCACAGGCGAGCUGGAACCGGUUCAGCUAGAGCAAACGGCGACGCCUCGAAUGCGUUCAAACAACUCCAGCCUGUCGAUUCCGCAGCUCGAGCGGCUCGUCAACGACACGCAAGCUCGCGGAGAAAACAGCAACGCCCUGAAGAAUCAGCUGAUUCGUUCUGCGAUCCGCUCGAACGACGUCGCCAAGGUGGAGGAAAUCUUAUCUCGUUUGGAGGGGGAGAACUACGUCGUACAGCCGGGCGUUUACGCGCAGAUCAUCGAAAUGUACGCGAACGCUGGAAAGGUCGAGGAAGCGUUUGCCCUGCUGAGCCGCGUCAAAGCCAAGCUGCCGGACUUUGAGCUGGACAGCACCAAAGUGAUCAAGUUGGCGCAAUCGCUGCUGAACCAGGAACGAUUCGACGACAUGCUGAAGUUCCUCUCACAGCACAAGCCUGCGGUCGUUCGGGACGCCAAGGAGCAGGACUUUACCUUCAACAGUGCCUGCUGGAGGUUGCUGAACACACUUGCGGAGCAGGGCAAGGUGAACGAAGUCAACCAGCUGUUCACGCACCUGCUGGACAACGGUUACAUUACGCCGCACAACAUUUUCCUGGGCACGCUGAUCAAGGUUCACAUGUGCCGUGACGAUCUGCCAAAGGCGAUCACCGUUUUCGAGGAAAUUAGCCAGAAAUACCGCACAACUCCCUGGAAGACGGAACUGACCUGUCGGCUGAUCCAGGCGGAGGACGCUGCUAACCUGCAGCGCAUUACAGAUCUUAGCACCGAAGUGCACGGCGAGGUAAACAGCUUGUACGAUUUGGUGUUUGCCUUCGUCGACUGUGGACGCAUUCGGCAGGCGCGUAAGAUUCUGGAGACGCCCGGACUGCGCACGCGGUAUCAGCGAAUUCAGAACGCCUGCGAGCGAUACCAUGUCGAGGGCAAGACCCAAAGCUUGGAGGGAUUGAUGGAGGCGACCAAGGAUUUGAACCACAUCGACCGGUCGGAAAUCUACUACAAACUGCUGCAAAGCUAUGUCAACGAGAAGCAGCCGGAAAAGGCGCUCGGACUGUGGACCAAAAUGCAGGAAGAGGACGAAACGCCGUCCGAUGCGUUCCUCAUUGAGUUGUCCAACUUUUUGAAGUCGAACGGCUACGAAGUUCCGUUUGUUGUGCCGACCCCGAUCGCAGCAGCUGCACCUAAGAAGGCCAAGAAGACGGUGAAAUUCCAGGAAACCCCGAAGACCAUCCCUGCGCCAGAGCCGAAGAAACCCGCACUAUCAGCCCCACUCAAAGAAUUCAAAGCCGCCGUCAAGCUUAACGAUCCGGAUCGUCUCCUGGCCGCCAACGGCCAGCUUACCCCGACAGACAAACUCAACCUGACCGAGCAAUCCCUCGUCGUGGAAGCGCUCGUCAACCGCGAUCGCCUCAACGAAGCCUCCAAGCUGGUCCUGGAACUGCUCGAGCAAAACCUGCACCCCAUCCCACGCAUCUUCAAGUACUUCCUCAACAAACUGGCCGCCACCGGCGACCUGGCCACCUUCCAGCGCAUCAGCACCCUCCUGUCCGACGACGUGAAGCGACUCAUCUCGUUCGACAAUCGCUUCUGCCACGCCAACCUGGCCAGCGGCAACGCCGAGCAAUACCUUAAGCAGCUGGAAGCCACCAUCGACGCCGUCAAGAGCAAGGAGGAAGCGGAAAAGGUCGCCAAGCACUUCCCCAUCGGCGGAGCGUCCGGAAUCCUGGAAAAGCACCCCGAACUGCACGAACGCUACCAGAAGCUCGCCGAACGCUACACCAGCUGGGACAUCAUCACGCCGAUCAACGCGCUCUGGUCGCACUACUUCAUCGCCGGCAACGAACAGGCCGCGAAACAGAUCUGGGACAAGCACCUGUGCAACAGCUCGCGCGUCAUGUUCCAGAAGAUCAUCCAGCACUCGCGGGACACCAACGAUGACGCGCUCGUCCGGCGGCUCAUCGUCCAGCUGAAAGACUCCAAAAUCUCCGAAAACGGCAUCGGAAUCAUCCACAGCUGUCUGAUCGACUCACUGGUAGCGAAGAACCAACCCGUCGAAGCCCUCGAAUCCCUCAAGGACGCCCUCAACUCGGUCUGCCUGGAGAACAUCAACCGGUCGGCGCUGCGAAGGCUAAAGGACUCGCUGACGGCGGCCGGACACGACUUUCCCUACACGAUCCCCGAGCGGACCACGACGACGGCGAACAGCAAGGCGCACGAAAGUUCCAGCAGCAGCAGCAGUAGCAGUAGCAGCAGUGAUGACGAAGUUGCCAAGAUCCGGAAGUAAGGGGAGGCAAAGGGAAGCGCGACUUGAGAUGCAGAGUGGCAUUUUGAAAUGUGAAAGUAAAGCUAGCGAACCAACCAGUUGUAUUCUUAUCCAUAGAGCACCAUUAAUCUGUUAUUAUCAUCACCCAGGAUGUAGUUAUAAAUAGAUGUACUGCGAGUGAA